GAGAAGAAAGAGAUGGGAGUUUGGGUGGAAAAGGAUAAGGGAAGAGGAUGGGAGGGAAACAGGUGUGAUAGGAAAGGGAUGGGCUGGAUAGAACGGCGAAAGGAGAAAGGAGAUGAUGGAAAGAGAAGGGGUUUGGGUAGCGUACUUAAGAAAGAGAGGAAAGAGUAAAACACCAAAAGGGAAGGAGAAGAAAGGAGAGAGGAGAGGCUAAGCUAACCAAAGGGUAGAAAGAGGACGGGAUAAGCGAGAUCAAAGCACAGACCCCGCCCCUGCAAGCAACCAACCUACGUUUCCUCCUUCCCCUUAGGACAUGGGCUCCCCGUCCCUGAGUUCGACGACCACGGUGACGGUGGUGGUGGUUGACGCCGACGACCUGCCUCCGGUGUUCAGCCACGAGCGCUACUUCGCCAGGGUCUCCGAGCACCCGGGGCACGACACGAUAUCUGCCCCAAAAAGUGCUAAAGAGGACGACCCCAGUUCUAACCCGCGCUUCUCCCGUCGACCCCAGGGCGCCGCCAUCCGAGAGGAGGUGCGCUUGACUCCCGGCCCCCUCCGAGCUCUCGACGGCGACGUAGGGCAGAACGCCAGUCUUCGUUAUACGCUCGUCCGUUCCCCGGCCUCGGAGUACUUCACCCUCGACCCCCGCAGCGCUCAGCUGUUCCUCACGAAGCACCUGGACCGGGAAGCGCUGACGGAUGGCUCGCUCGUCCUCCAUGUUCGAGCCGAGCAGAAACCCGCCCACCAGGAGGACAACCCACGCCGCGUCGGGUCCAGCGUGGUCGAGGUCUUCGUGGAGGACGUGAACGACAACCUGCCCGAGUUCAGCCACAGCGUGUACGCCAUUUCCAUCGUGGAGAAUCUGCCGUCGGGUUUCAGCGUCGUCCAGGUGUCGGCCACGGAUCGGGACGAGGGGGUAAACGGUGCCUUCAACUACCACGUGGUGGGCGGUCAAGGAGCCUUAACAGUCAACCCUCUGUCAGGCUGGUUGACGGUGGACAACCACAACAUCCUGGACCGCGAGGAGUCCCCCGUCAUCACCCUGUACGUGUGUGCCAACCAGAUCGCGCCCGUCGUCCAGGCACCGCCGGGCGUCAGGCAGACGUCCCUCUUCCGCAAUAGGACUUCAGGAGGCGCCGACGACAGUCCGAGAGGAGGCGCGGUUGACGGCAAGGAGGAGAAGGAGGAGGAAAGGAUCCCCGAGGCCCCCGUGACGGAAGAUCCUCCCACGACGUUCGAGGAGAGGCCGCGGGAGUCACCGACGCGAGUCACUGUCCCGUUGCUGAGGCGCAGGACGCGACCCACUCCGUCUACGCGAGCUGGAGAACGAAUCAGGAACAGUCCUUCGGCAGAGUCCCGGGCGCCGUCGGGAGUCGUCACGCGUCAGAGAAGGACCGACGCCCAAGUGAGGGGAAAGGCAGCAGGCGAAAGAAAGUCGAGGGAACUCUCGAGAAGGGAAUCGCGAGUGUUACCAGACACCAAAAGGAAUGGAGGACCUUCACAAGACAAUGAAGACGAUUUUGAUGGAACAACAACAUCGAAGACGACGACGACGACGACGACAGCGACAACAACAACAACAACAGCAACGCCAGAACCAGAAUCAAGGCUACAACGCGUGAAGAGCAACCUCUCGAAGCGACGCCUCCUCUCUCCCAGACGCAUGAGGAGAAGAAUCGACGAGAACCGAAGCAGGUCCUCGAGACGACGAAGUCCUCGCUCCGAACGAUCCGCAACUGAAGCCAGAAAGGCUCCCGACUCCCCCGACUUCAGAUCCGACUCGGAGUCCUGCGCCAAGAUCGAGCUAAAACUCCUCGACGCCAACGACAACAACCCCGAGUUCCUCCCGAGUAACCAGUACCACUUUACCAUAAGUGAAGAGGCACGAGAGGGCACCGUUGUAGGUUCGGUACAAGCAGAGGACCGCGACGAAGGCGGCAACGGCCGCGUCAGCUACUCCAUCCAGUCCCCAGGCAACAGCACGAGACGCGACCGCACCAAGGCCUUCUCCAUCGACGAGGACAAGGGCACCAUCCGCCUCGUCACCAAGCUGCUUCCUGGCGAGGUCACGCUCUUCGUCGAGGCGUCAGAUAGGCCGUCUAACCCUUCGGAGACGAGGACAUCUCUCGCCGUGGUUACUGUCUACGUCCAGGCAACCCAGAUGUGGGAGCCGAGGUUCGUGGGCGCCCCCUACGAGCUGUGGGUGGGGAGUGACGCCACCGUGGGCACCAGCGUGGGCCAAGUACGCGUCGUGGACAUGGAAGGCUCAGAACUCAUGUUUGAUAUGUUCCAUUCCUACCAGGAAGGAGUUCCCUUCGCCAUCGAGGAGAGCUCUGGCAUCGUUUCGGUCGUGGCUCCUGUCCAGCAGUUCUCGAGGACCAACUACGAGUUCGAGGCGGUGGUCACGGACGGGCGGACGUCGCUCGUCACCAACGUCACCAUCCACGUCGCCCCCAACAGGAGGCCCUCCACCAGGCGCAGCACCGUCGUCAACUUCUCCGUGCAGGAGAACGUGGCAGGCGGCCUCGUGGGAGACUUGGAGACAGCCUUGCGGGACGUCGGCGCAAGGAUCGCCUCGGACCCGCAGUUCGAGUUGGUGAGUCCAGAAGCCAGGAAGUACUUCGCCCUCGGCCAGGACGCCUCCCUGUACACCGUGGCGCCCUUGGACUACGAGACCUCCCCCAACCACACGCUGGUCAUCGUCAGCGGAAGGACCUCGGAUAUUUAUUAUGUAAACGUGCAGGUUGAGGAUCUGAACGACAACCCGCCCCAGCUGAAUGCGGUGGCGUACGAGGGCACCAUCAGGGAAAACGCCUUACCGGGCACCACCAUAAGAGUUCUUCCUGCCAUACAGGUGAGCGACAAGGACCAGUACCCCGGCGCCACGUACUUCCUCCAGCUGUUCGGCGACGCGGCUCACCUGUUCGACGUCGAUUCCUCGAGCGGCCAGGUCACCUUCGUCGGCGACGACCUGGACCGCGAGAAGGUCGACUCGUACGUGCUGCGCGUGGAGGCGCGCGACGACGGCAACCUCACGUCGAGGGCCAACCUCACCAUCAACAUCGAGGACGUGAACGACAACCCGCCGCGGUUCGUGCAGCGCGAGCCGCUCUUCUCGGCGCGGGAGGACGACCCGGACGAGAACUCCUCGAGGAAGCUCCCCGACACGUCCAACCUCGAGUACCUGGCGGACCUCGAGCGCUCCCUCGUCAAGAUCCCCGAGUCCCUGCCCAUCGGCAGCCGCGUGACGGAGGUCACGGCCACCGAUGACGACGCGAAGCUGUACGCCGACGUCCGCUACAAGAUCGACGCGCAGACCUCCUUCAGCUUCGCCAGCGGAGAGAACACGACGCCCAUUCUGGAGGAGGCGUCGACCUUCUCCAUCGAGAGCAAGACGGGCGUGGUGGUGGUGGCGGGGCCCCUGGAGCCCGACCACUUCUACCUCCUGAACAUCUCGGCGACGGACGGCGGCGGCCUGGCGUCGCACACGACCGUCUCCGUCGCGGUGUUCGACGUGAACGACCACGCGCCGCGGUUCGAGCGCCCCGUCUACAACUUCGAGGUGGUAGAGGGCGAGUACCUGGUGGGGGAGGUGGGCAAGGUGGUAGCCUUCGACCAGGAUUUCGGCAACAACGCCAAGGUGCACUACCAGAUCAUCUUCUACAAGAACUCGAGCGAGGACCAGGUGUUCCCCUUCAGGGUCGUGGAGACCUCGGGCACCAUCCUGGCCACGGGCACCGUGAACCGCGAGGAGCGCGAGGUGUACGAGUUCUCCGUCGUGGCCACGGACAUGGGCACGCCGCAGCUCUCCUCGUCCGUCCUCGUCCACAUCGACAUCAUCGACGUCAACGACCACCGCCCCGUCUUCUACGACUACAAGGACGCGAUCUACUCCGGGGAGGCGAGCAGCGACGGCCAGCUGGAGUCGGGCAACGCCACCUUCACGCCGGUGUACACGGCCGCCCUCUCGGAGCACGCCCCCCGCGGCACCGUGGUGGCCAGGCUGUUCGCGAACGACUCCGACUCCGGCACGUCGGGGAACGGCCUCAUCCUGUACAAGCUGGAGGGCGGCGAGGACAAGUUCUCCAUCGACUCGAACAACGGCAGCGUGUACACCGUGGGCGCGCUGGACUACGAGCGCGCCCCGACCCACAACCUGACGGUGGUGGCGCAGGACCUGGGCACCCCGCCUCUCUCUGCCUCCGCCCUGCUGGUCGUCACGGUCGUCGACGAGGAGGAGGAGCUCACCACGCGGCUCUUCGACCGGGAGGAGUACGAGGUCCGCGUGAUGGAGAACAACGACACCCCCCUGCGACUUCUGGAUCUGAACGUGAGCGAGGCGUUCUCCGGGCAGCAGCUGCACUACCAGCUGGUCGACCCGGGCAUGGCGGGCACGGUGGCGGUCGACUCGUACUCGGGCGAAGUCUACCUCAUCGCCAGCCUCGAUCGGGAGACCAAGAGUAGCUAUCGGUUCAAGGUGCGAGCAGCCCAGCCGGAACGAGGCCGCGCUCUAGAGUACCUGAACGAGCAGUCACAAAGCACGAGGCGUUUCGGGGACACGGCGGAGAGCGAUCUGACUUCUCCUGCAGCUGACACCGAAGUCCCCGUCGUCGUUGCCUUGGAGACACUCCCUCACGACGACGAAGGUGGGUUAGGCGUCCCGGCCGAGGUGGUCUCCUUGGGGACUUACAGGAAGCCCGUGAGAAGGCAGAGGUCAGCACCGCCCUUGGGGGAGCCUGCCGACGGGACGCAGCCUUUGCGCGCACAGACGAGCCUGUUGGUGGGCGGCGGUCGCGACCCAGACCUCGGGAUGGACGAGGUGUGGGUGGCGGUGGAGGUGGGGGACCAGAACGACAACAGCCCCAGCAUCCUUCCCCAGGGGCGGCCCGUCGUGGCGGCUGUCCCUACCACGGCUGCGUACGGGCACUUCGUCACUAGGAUCAUGGCCAGCGACCCAGACCAGGGCAUCAACGGGGAACUGCGCUACGAGAUUCUACCCGGCGAAGGGGCACAGGACGCCAGCACCAGGUUCGCCGUCGACCCCGUGUCAGGCCAGGUGGUAGUAAUCGGUUCCUUGGAGGACGAAUCCGGCAAGAUGUUUGGCUUCGACGUCCGUGUAAGCGAUCAGGGUGGCGCUCCGUCAGCUCGGUCGGCCAUCGCGAACGUUUUCGUGCACGUUUUGGGAGCAGGAGGUCACCUGGUGCUGGAGGUGGCAGCAAAACCACGAGAAGUAGAACCCCAUCUCUACCACAUCCAAGGGAUGCUAACCAACGUGUCUGGACUGGAUGUUCGCGUGCAGAGAAUAGCGCCCCAUGUUGACGGUGACGCGGCGCUUACUACGGCGACAGACAUGUACGUUUAUGCAGUUGACCCGACCACUCAGUCUGUGGUCGACGCCAGCCACCUCCGCCAGGCGCUGAGGGUGAGGAAGAGUGAGCUGAAGUCCCUCCUUCCCGGUGGCGUCCAUUUCAGGGGCAUGAGGGUGCCUCUACCUUCUCGCCAGGGACAUGUGUUACAGACUGCAGAGUUGGCGAUACUGAUUGGCGCCGUGGUGGUGUUCCUCGUCACUGUUACGACGAUUGUGUGUCUCUGUUACAAGCAAAGAAAGAGCCGCCGCAAGCCCAUGCCGAUGCCGCCCAUGAUGACCGCAGCAGGGAUACCCGUGAUGCCCCUGGCCUACCCCGGCCCCUUCGCCGCCCCCUACACCCACAUGAGCGACCACAGCAGCUCGGAGUCCACAGAGGCCCAGGAGUUACCCCACGACCAUCCUCACUAUCCUCAUGACCUCGUCCACUAUCCGCCUGACCCGGCUAGCUACCCGGUUGACCCUGCCGUCACUACCCACUUCCCUCAGGACCCCAGCCACUACCCACGCCCGCCGCCCAGACGUCGCUCCUGCGCCCACAGCUUCCAGGCAGAUCGAGAGCUGUUGCACCCUUGUAGCAGCGGCGAGAGAGUGUCUUCCCACACCGACGAGGACGAAGGUAGUGGCCCGGUGUGCCUCCGCCACGCCCCCUCACGGAAGCGCCGCCGAGGCACCCAGCAGGGAGCAGACGGCAGAGGUAGCGGGCCGAGCCACAAGAGCAGGAGCUCCUCGAGGGCGGGUCGAAGAGCGCUGGGGGAAGAGCCCUCGAGUUCGGACUUCGAUGAGAGGGACCACGCGCCUCCCCUGGUCACCAUCCCCAGGCCUCAACCUUGCUGCAUGGAGGAUAGACAGAGACCAAACCCAAACAACCCACGAACAUUACCGACCGUCGACUGCACGCUAGAGAACCCCGGCAGAGCCCACUCCCCCGACAGCCUGGAACGCCCCUCGCACUGCCGGGCUCACACCCACACCAUCCCCCGCACGCACCUCAAGAGGGACAGGGGCUCGGAUCAUGCAGGAGGGAGGAACUCUGAUCUCCACCCGAGUGAUGUUACAGAGCUCUGAUGUUUUCGACGUUGGCGUUUGUGAAGAAGGGCUGUUUAGUAGCAACGGAAAGGUUUUGUGACUGGGGUGAUGUUCAGAGUUUGGGGGGAAAUAUUUUCGUAAUUAUCACUGACACCAAAUUUCUAGAUGAGUAUGAUUUUUUAUUAAUUGUUGAUGCUAAUAUAUACUGUACAUAUAUGGUAGAUGGAUACUAUGAUAAGGCAUAUUGCUCAGAUUAAAAUUGGAAACAUUCAUAUUUGUCGAGAAAUAAAAAGAUAAUGGACAGUGUUUUGAAUUAAAGAAAAAAUGUUGUACACUUAGUUACUGUAUUCCAUUCAAUGACAGGUUUUCUCUUGUGUGUGUAUAUGUUUUUUCCACUUCAAUAUCUUGAUCCCAGUGAUACUGUGAAGAUCCAAUAGACUGUAGUCAGUUCAGUUAUUACAUGUAAAAGGUUGUUUAAACUGGUUACAUAAGAUCACAUACAUUAUGAUAUAACAUUGUGAAUUGUGUUCUGUUUUGAAAGCCUCCUGUGUUUGUAAAUGCAUUACUAUUUUAUAUAAUAAUGUGUAUUGACCAGUUGUUAAAAUCUUUCACAUCAUAAUGGUCAGCAGCAUAUAUACAACAAACAAUAAAGUAAAUGUGGAGUUGUAUAAAUAAGUUGCUAUUAAUAUGUAAAACUCAUUUUUUAUGUCUGCUUCAUGAAUAAAGAAUAUUUUGUAAUUUCUAAAUACCAGCCAUGGAAAUAAGAAUGCCACUAUUACCAUUUAAUUGCAAAUCUAACAUCAAUGUAAAGUCAGCACAACACAAGUUUAUGCCAAGAAAGAUACAUUCUUUACUUGAAAGUAUCAGCAUGUUGAGAAGUAGCGAUGGUGAUCAUAAUUGAUUUGACCAUAGACUUCUUUUCUCAUUUAUAACUGGAUGGUGGUGUUAUACUCAAGCUUUCUUCCUCUAUACUUGGCCAAAUAUUUGUAUAUUGUAGAUAGUAGGUAUGUUUGAUACAACAGAGAGGAAAUAUGGGAUAGCUUUAGUGAUACAAAAGAGGCUAUCAGUUUAACUUUUUUUUAUUCUUUAUUCUUUACUUUAUGUAAAGAUUUUCUGUCUUCUUGACUGAAAAAAGAGAACUCAAUAGGUCACAAAUUAGCUAUGGAUAUAUUCUUCUAAAAACAAGUGAGUUGUCUUUUGUAAAGCAUUUGUAUAAUUUUCUUAUUUCAUAAACUAAUCUGUGGUUUAUUCUAACUGCAUACUGGGACAGUAUAGGUUAUCAUGGUGAAUGUUAUGCUUUAUAGAUAUUUUGAAAUGCCAAGUGUGCCAUGAACUGUGUAGAGGCAUAGAUAAUCACACAUAACAUGCAUACUUGAAUCUAUAGUGUUCCAUGGCUGUGUAUGUAUUAUUUGUGCUUGAUUGGGUGCUUGCAUCUUGGGUUAGGGGUCAGCUGGGAUUAUUAUGUUUCUAAUCACCCUCUAAAUGCCUAAAUAUAGAGGUGAAAAUUUGCUCUAAUGCACUGAAGUGAAUUGUGUGUGUGCAUGUUACAUACAUAAAUACUAUGUAUGGCUGUGUUUUGCCUGUGCGUACCCAAGGCCUUUCCUUAAAAGAUGGAAAUACCAUUGUUAUAAUGUACAGUAUUUUGUAGUUAGAGCUCUGUGAAAUGUUUAAACAGGCAACUGAAGAUAUAAAUAUAUAUAUGUAUGUUAAGUUCCACAGGUUGAUGGUAUAAAACAAAUGCUUUGUUUGAAUCAUCUUUUGAUACUCUUACUGGUGAACUCAUGAUAUAUGAAUGCUCCUGUCAAACCAUAGUAUUUUUGUACUGUUUGUUAUGUUCCAUAGGGAGUAACACAUACAACUAAUGUGACCAAAGAAUAUUCCUUAUAUUACUGUAUUAUUUUUCCAAUAAGACUCUGCAAAGAGAUGAGUCUUCUGUAAAGUCUUCAUAUUCUUCUUCAACACUAUUAUUGUAUGCAAUGGAAAAUUUUGCAGGCAGUAAUAAUGUUUUGGUAUAUCAGUCUCACUGUAAUUUAAUAUUUCAUAUAGAAAAGGUAUAAGAUGAGAAACAAUAAGAUAUAUAGUUUACAUGCUUUGAUUUAUAACUGCAUAAGAAAGUCAUGGAAUCCUGAUGAAGAUAUAAAUCUAAAUGUCAAAUAAACUUCCAUCUUUAUGAACUUGUUCAUUUUGAUAUACCUUUUCAUUUGUCACAAGUUUACGAUUUCAUGUUUUUUUUCUAUCUUUCUCCUUCCUUUAUUCUUUUCUCUUUCAUUUUCCUUUAAGUUUUAAUAGAAUGGAGGAUGACAUGUUCUAUACAUUGCCUGUAUUUGUGUAUCUCAGACAAAGAAUAAAACAACGAGGAUAUUGUGGAAGUUUAGCAGUCAGCCUUCCCUUGUUAAACAUGUACUAAGGAUACUUUUGUAAGCUCAUAUACAACGAUUUUGUACCUGUACAUACUUUUAAUAUAAAUAUUUGAA